UUUAUUUAAGCCCCCAAAAUGGAGUUUUUGCUUCUGUGUUAAUGCUUUUCUACUCUAUACCUACAUUCCCUCAGUGUAAACAUACAUGCAUGUGUCGUAUAGGUCUCUCUUCAUUUCCUCAGAAGUAUAGUAUAGUAAGCACUAUGUUGAUUUAGUCAUUUCCAUUGGUUAUGGGAGCCACAAAGCAAAGAAACAGAGGCUCUGUUAGGUGGAAAAUAAGUCUCACUACAAGCAGACAGAGAGAGAGAGAGAAGAGACGAAGAAUCUGCAUGUCUCAAAGAAGAGUAGAAGUGGAUGGGGGGAGGUGUGUAAGUGUGUUAGGUACAAGGAGAGAAAAGAAAUAGCAAAAAUGAGUGUGAGUUUGUGUGUGUGUGUGUCCCUGAGGUCCGAACAGAGGCACACUAAACAUUCCUCUCAGGCAGGGGCGAGAGAGAGGCCAGCGCUCAUUAGCAUAAGAAGAGCUCCUUCAGCCAAUCAGCGUCUCAGAGUGGGAAUGUCCGGAUUGAGCAGGAACUAGGAGGGUGUCGGGUUACUGUGCAUUCUUCCCUCCCUCCCUCUCUCCCUUUGGCUAUGGAGACUGAGGAGGGGAGGGAGAAAGGGAGUCGGAGAAAGAGCUUAGGACAGACGUACGGAGAGAGAGAGAGAGAGAGAGGGAGAGAGAGAGAAGUGUAUGGGAUACUCUCAUUCUUGCCCUCUGAGAUCACGGAGCUGGAGAAUGUGUUAGGAUCUGCCCGAUUCGUUUCUUUUUUUUCCUUCUGGCGGGUGAGACAACAGGGAACUUUAACUCGAGGUGGCCGGUUUCAGGGACUUUUUCCUUGGCUAGAUAACGGGCCGUUAACUCUCGUCUGGAGUCACAGCAACUCUCAGAAGGGGGCCAAAAAUGAAUUAUCUGAAUGUUCUAGCCAAGGCCCUCUACGACAAUGUGGCGGAGUCUCCAGACGAGCUGUCCUUCCGGAAGGGGGACAUCAUGACAGUUCUAGAGCGCGACACGCAGGGCCUGGAUGGAUGGUGGCUCUGCUCCCUACACGGGCGCCAGGGCAUCGUCCCCGGCAACCGGCUCAAGAUCCUGGUGGGCAUGUACGACAAACAGCAGCAGCUGCAGGCUCAGCAGCAGCAGCAGGCGAUGCCUACGUCGCAGGCUGGCCCAGGGGGGCCCAACCAGCUCAGCCUGCCCUCCCAGGCGUACGCCAAGCCCCCACCAGGCUCUCAGUACAUCCCCAUGCACCCCGCCUACUCCUCCCCCUCCCCCGGCACCCCUGCCAACGCAGACAGCAUCUACAUGCUCCCUCCCAACCACGGCAAGCCCCCCCUCUCCAGCGUCUACCAGGUGCCCACGGGCCCCCAGGCCCCGCCGGGCCCACCCAAGGCCCCCGCCCUCGCCCAGAAACAGGGUGCCCCUCCGCGGUACCCAGGCAAGGACAUCUACCAGGUGCCCCCGUCCAUGGGCGCGCUGGCGCAGGAUAUCUACCAGGUGCCCCCCUCAGCCGGGGGGCCGGGGAUAGGGCAGGACAUUUACCAGGUGCCCCCCUCUAUGAACCAGACUCAGGACAUCUACCAGAUCCCCCCCUCACUAGAGAAUAGGACCUGGGACCCCUCCAAACCCAUGGGGAAGGUGGUGGUGCCCACCCGGAUUGGUCAGGUGUACGUGUAUGACACAACGAAGGGUGAACAGGACGAGUAUGAUUUCCCCCGCAACCUGCCCCCCUCCCAGGACAUCUACGAUGUGCCGCCCACCCGAACCCAGUACCACCAACAGCAGGUCUAUGACACCCCCCCCAUGACAGUGAAAGGCCCCCCCAGUAAAGAGGGCGGUCACGACAUCUACGACACCCCACCCAGUGUGGACAAGAGCCAGCUUCUGUCCCAGCAGACAGUUUAUGACUUCCCACCCUCUGUCAGUAAGGACGUGCCCGACGGUCCAGUGAGGGAGGAGACGUAUGACGUGCCCCCCCACUUUGCCAAGAUGAAGGCCAUAGAAGGCCUUGCCUACUUGCCUCAGGGCCCAGGCGUCGGCCCCGAACCCCUCAUCCCAGAGGAUGUUUACGACGUCCCACCACCCUUGAUGACAAACAAGCGCCCCCCUCAAGACAGCCAGGAGAUCUACGAUAUCCCCGCCAGCCUGCGCAAGGGCGGCCCCCCAAACGAGCCCCUCCCUUCCAUCCCGCCGCAGGACGUCUAUGACUUCCCCCGGGAGCGGGUGUGCAGCGAGCGCGAGGACCACGGCGACUACGUUUACGACGUGCCGCCGCAGGUGGUGCGAGACGCUGCGGGGGGCACCAGCGAGGAGCAGCUGGCACUCAACUUCAAGCGCCUGUCGGCCACCAGCACGGGCAGCACGCGCAGCAACCUCUCCACGUCCUCGCUGGACACCGUCCCCGUCAGGGAGGCCCCCGCAUCGGGCCCAGGCUCCAACCGCCUGCUGGCGCUGGACCUGGACCAGGCCAUGGAGCGACUACAACGGCUGCAGCAGGGGGUGGAGAGUUCCGUGUCCGUGCUCAUCGCCUUCAUCAGCGGCAACUGGCGGAGCUCCGCGCAGAUGGAGGCUAACCUGCCCGGGCUGCGGCAGGCCACCGAGCGCACGCGCACCGCCGUCCGAGACCUGCUGGAGUUUGCCCGCGGUGCCGUGGCCAACGCCGCCCAGGCCACCGAUCGCACGCUGCAGGCCAAGCUGGGCCGACAGGUGCAGAAGAUGGAGGAAGCCUUUCAGACGCUGGUCAAGCACAGCCAGGCCCUGGACGCCAUCGGCUGGUCGCCCGCCAAACUGGCGGCGGCGCCCGCUCCCGGCAGCCAGGGCGACGACCUGGACCGGCUGGUCAUGUGCGCCCGCGGCGUGCCCGACGACACCAAGCAGCUGGCGUCGUUCCUACACGGCAAUGCAUCGCUGCUUUUCAAACGGACAAACAAGCUGCAGCAGCAACAGAUGCCUCUGCCGCCGCUGCCCCACUGCGCCGACAACAACAACAUCUCGGCCUAUCAGACGGGCACGCCUGAGCGCGCCAACAUCCAGUCGCGUCCUCUACCCUCGCCGCCCAAGUUCACGGCCGAGGAGGAGUCACCGGACCGGCCUUAUGAAACCACCGAGGCGGGCUGGAUGGAAGACUAUGACUACGUGCAUUUACAGGGUAAAGAGGAGUUUGAAAAGAAUCAGCGGCAAUUAUUAGAGAAAGGGAACAUUACGAGACACAACAAAACGCUGGAGCAGCAACAGCUGAAGCAGUUUGAGCGGCUGGAGCAGGAGGUGAGCCAGCCAAUCAACCACGACCUGACGGGCUGGACCCCUGCAGGGCAGCAUCCGCAGGCUCCGCGCAGCAAUCUCAGCACCGGCGACCGACAGCUGCUGCUCUUCUAUGCCGAGCAGUGCGAGGCCAACAUCACCACGCUCACCAACGCCGUGGACGCAUUCUUCAACUCGGUGGGCAGCAACCAGCCGCCCAAGAUCUUUGUGGCGCACAGCAAGUUCGUCAUCCUGAGUGCGCACAAGCUGGUGUUCAUCGGCGACACGCUGUCGCGGCAGGCCAAGUCGCCGGAGGUGCGCGCGCACGUGGCGCAGCACAGCAACGCGCUCUGCGACAAGCUCAAGGACAUUGUGCUCAGCACCAAGACGGCGGCGCUGCAGUACCCGUCGCCGGGCGCCGCCCGCGAGAUGACGGAGAGGGUGCGCGAGCUCACCGGCUACACCCAGCAGUUCCGCAUGGCGCUCAGCCAGCUGGUGGCCAUGUGAGGAUUUGUGUGGGGGUGGAGGUUCUCAAAGUUGGUGGAGGACUCCUGAAUUUCUGGGGUGAUGGGGAAGGGAGACGGUAGCAGUGCGGACCCACCGGUCUAAUCUCUUUCCCCGGCCCCCUAGAGAGCCCACCACGUACACACUCGUCUGCGUUCAUCUUUUUUUAAAUCACAUAAGAAAGGUCUGCUGACAGUCUGACUGGGCCAGGGACAGUGGUUGUAAAUGAAUUGUUGUAAAUAUUUAAGUAUACGCACGGGAUGGGGGGACAGAAGUGAGAGACUGAACUCGUACUCUUAAUUGUUUCUCAACAUCUGUGGAGUGAGAGAGGACAAAAAGAAAACUGAAAGAAGUUUCUAGAACACAGUCCAUUAUGAUUAUUGCUAUACUGUAAUUAUUGCUCUGAUUAUUAUAAUUGUUAUCAUUAUUAUUAUUACGACAUGUUGAUUAAGGAUGUUCAAAAUUUCUAAUGUGUAUGUAGAAGUACUUAAUGCUGUUUUUCAUCAGAGAUCAAUCAUGGAUGUGCUUUUUUUAAUGAUUAAUGCUUUGAUUGGAUGGAUGAAACAGUGACUGAAAAUGGAAAAGCUUCCCCCCUUCUAUCAACAAUGGAUGCAGGGUGGGUGCAAAGCAUGCUGGGAGUUGCUUCAGGAGUGAUGCCAUUGACAGGGUCUUCACACAGUGCGCAGACAGCCCACUGUCACGGGACAGCUUAGAUGUUAAGUGGUCUGGAAGCUAAUUAAGAUGUCCCAGUUGAGCUGAUGUGUUGCAAUAGUAUCAACCCAUUCUCACGUGGAAGACAAUAUGGACAGCAGUAUCAUGCAAUUAUGGAAAAAAUAACAACUGAUUAGAAAAUUAGAUUUUUUUAUAAAGUACGAAAGGCACUCAAAGAGAAAAGGUUUGCAUCUGCGUGAAGUUACGGUUAUUGUUUUUUUUUAAAGCACAAAGCUUUGUGAGUUCACUGUUGUGGGCACGUCAGCUCCUGCUUUUCUCUCCCACGACUUGAUUACAGCAGGGGUCCACAGAUUCAGGCCAGUGUGUGAACACAUGCACGCUGACAGCAGUAUCUCCCGAAAUUCCACUUUAAGGGUCAGUUUUAGGAGCGUGAAGGGGCAGGGGGUUACCUGACAAGGACCCAGGUCUCCUCACCAUCCUACACACCUCCUUACCAGCACUUCAGUCAUAGCAGACCCACACCCUGCAGGUCAGGGGAUGGUAUUGGGAUCAGAGUGUCAUACAGAUGGGAUUGCCAGAGGAAUGUGGAGAAUAUCCUCUGCAGUGGCUUAUGCCAGCCCUGGUGAUGUGGUCCCUGAUGGAGAAGGUUUCAGUGUGUGUGUGUCCGUGUGUGUGUGUGUGUGUGUGUGUGUGUGUGUGUGUGUGUGUGUGUGUGCACGCGCAGGCCCGCUUCAACCAUAUGGCACCCAACCCCACUCCCAGCCAUCACGUAAAUAAUGAAUAUUAAUCUGUAUAUGAAAACGGCACCUAGAGAUGAUAGGUUUCCUCAGUGGCCCAGAUGUGGAUGUGAACAUGACUCAGCUCUUUCCUGCUGUGUGACACUACAGCAGCCGUGUCCUCCCGUGGUGACUCAGCUGCCCCAGACAAGUGCUGCUCUACAGUGUCUGGACUGGUCGGCAUGGAGAUGAUCCCUAGCACACCUCUUCUGUGUCCACCCUGUUGGUUGUAUUCUAAGUAUCAGAAUAUGUCAGAGAGAGUAGUUCAGUGAAACUUUAUUAUGCUAUUAAGUACUGCAACAUGUUGUUGUGCAUUUAGUCGAAAUCCCUAUCCAGUUUUAAAAAAAGAAAGAAAAAGACUACAUUGAAUAAAAAAAGGUAUUUGUUGUAAUGUUCUGUUCUCAAAUCAAAUCUGUGUUGAAAGGAUUUGAAAGACAUUGAGGUAUCUGUUUAAGAACAUACUGUACAUUGCGUAACUGGAAAAUAUAUGUUUAAUAUAUUUUCAUUAAAAAAAUAAACUGCAAACCAA